AAGCAUUUCAGUUGAUUUCACCGUCCGGUAGUGUGCCAAACUCGCCACACAUAUUCUGGUGGCUCAGUCUUGUGGUUUACACAUUGGAGAACCAUGACCACUGCCACAGAAAACGCGGGACCACGAAAAAUUAGAGGCGAACGAUCGCUCAUUGAAGCACUGGCUGAGUACCCAGGCGAGCUCGUGAAAACUGAUUCUCCGAACUUUGUUUGUAGUGUGUUACCAUCGCAUUGGAGAUGUAACAAGACGCUACCGGUUGCAUUCAAAGUUGUUGCACUCGGCGAUAUUCCCGAUGGAGUUCUCGUCUCGAUCGCUGCAGGCAAUGACGAGAACUUCGCCGCCGAACUUCGCAACGCGACCGCCGUCAUGAAAAAUCAAGUAGCGCGCUUCAAUGAUUUGAGAUUCGUAGGCCGUAGCGGAAGAGGGAAAACGUUCACAUUGACUAUAACGGUGAAGACGGAUCCACCUCAAGUCGCCACAUAUUGCAGAGCUAUUAAAGUAACCGUAGAUGGACCGCGGGAACCACGCAGGCACAGAACGCGUUCAGAUGAGAGAGACCAAGCAAAUGCUUACGAACAGUUUCACUUUUCGGAUCGACUCUCAGAGUUGGGCUUUGAGGGUCUUCGACGCUCCAUCAGGGACAACAGCUUUGCCCCCUUCACAGAGCUUCACCCAGGUCCUCUGCAGCCCGUGAAACUGCCUCCAGAUGCAACUUCUGCCUUCAGUGCCCUCGCUGCCGACAACAAUCAAAUUCGUUCACCAUCGACGUGGGGUUUCCACAGCUUUCAGAGCUUCUUACCGCCCCAUCCACCGCCUGAAGCUCCGGUGAACUUGUCUGCGCUGAGUGCUCUGCAACCAAACGGGCUUCCACCUCCAAGACCGCAGGUGAACUUGCCGAACACAAAUGGAAACGUACCAAUGCUACCUCACUACUCGGAGCCGCGUUUUCAGGGCAUUGCGCAGUUUCCUUUUCGUUCAUCGCCGCAAGCGACGACGAACACGACUCUUACAACAGUCGCAGACGGUAUAGCAGGAGGGAUGAAUCAAGUCUGUCCGGCCCCGCCUCUGGAUGCAGCUCACAGCAUGUUCUCUUCACAAUGCCAGCAGUUGAACGCGGCGCCCGGAACGAAUUCUGUUAUGAACAAUUCGAUGUUGAACAACAAUAGCUUGCCAAAUGGCAUGGUGAACAACGGCUAUACGUUUCGCCCACAACCGUUCAUGCAGCAAACGGCAAUGACCAAAGGAAACAUGCCUAUAACACAAACUACCUCCACCUCUAUGGUUGGACCCAUGUCUCAGGCGAACACGACCAGUGGGGUGUCGUUCCCCCUAUCGAGACCCGGUGUGGUCCCCUUAGUGGGACAAACCAUGGGGGUUGGAAGCCCCGCCGUUUCACAGAGGAUACCUCUGCCUCUAGGCAACGUAGAUUUGAACAGUGUGGGUGGUUUCAACACUCUGUCAAGGAGUGAAGGACAUGGAAUGAUCACGCUAAAGCAGGAACCCAUUGAUAACAUGUCCAACCAUGUUGUUAAUCACCACACGGGACUCGAGGUGUCGCACGCCGAUACAGCGCUACACGAACGCAACGGUACCACAACUCCCAAGGGAGUAUGGAGACCGUACUAGUGGCAAAAAUCUCUUAGAAUCGUGUAGUUGUGUACACAAGUCGAGUACUUUGUUGGCUAUUUAAUUUUAAAUUUUAAAACCUGCUCUUAGAUGCGGGCAGAAUUCUCGAAAUUACAGCCGAGUGGCUGUUUGUUUUAGAACAUACAUUUCAAUAUCAGUAGCACUUCACACUGAGUAGAGCCAUGUUAAAGUUUGCAAUCGCUUUUAGAACUCGAUUAGACCAAGUCUCGAAAUUCACGCGUUAGUGCAUUUAUACAAAUCGUUGAAAAGUAUUGACAACGCACCCAAUGUCCUUCAAAAUUGGGCUGUGGAUCUUUUUUAUUCGCAAAUUCGGUUUUGUUUCUUAUUUAUUUAUUGCUCGUGUGCCUCGAGAGGUUAUAGCGUUAGGCGCCGCAAGAGGAGGCAGAAUCCCACAUUGAAAUUAAAAUAUAAUAAACUAAGCAUGGAAAAGUACCAUAAUAUGGAAAGAGAGCUAAAGAAUAUAGUAUUGAUAUUUAUAUACAUGUAUUAUUUGAAACCCUCGGAAAAUAUGUUUGAAGUGAAAUGAAAUUUCAAGACUUAAUAACAUGCUGCGCGUGAGAUUAUCAUUAAAUUCUUAAAUGCUACAACAUAUUUCUGUAUCAUCAUUGUCGUUAUUAUUAUUAUUAUCACAUUCUAUUUAUGUAAAGUUAUAUAUUCCCUCACUGAAUUUCCUGUUGAUCGUAAGUUGGUGUUAUUUUUGUCCCCCAACUUUAUUUUUGCAAGAUUCGCCUGUUUGUCCUUCUGUUGUUUUUUUUUCUGUUUGUUUUUUUCACCGAGUAGCUGAGAGUGGAAACGAUCGAAAUUCAACUUUUUUUUAAGGACUAAGCAACGCGUCAAAUUUUGCGUUGAAAUUCAGGCCGUUAUGUAACUGACUUACUAAACAAUUCGGUAACCAUACAAACCGGAGGAAGAAAAUGUAAAAUUAUUACGACUCAGUAAUCAAUGCAUUUCUUAUUUUAGCGUUAAAUAGUACUAAAUUUAUAAAAUUGAGAUCCGAUAAAAUUUUCACUGAAGAGAUAAACUCAUUUUAAUAGCACGUGUAAAAAUUUAACAGGAAGUCUAAUUAUAUUCUGAUUUUGUAAAAUGCAUGUUUUAUUGUUAGUUGUUUUACUUGAUUAUUGUAAUUCAAAAAAAUAGAAAUUAAUGAACAGUUAAAACGCAGGAUUCUACUGAAGUGUUCAUGAUGGCAAUAACAAUUUAGCUUAGUUACCGCAGACGCCACAACAACGGCGAAUCAGUGGUUUUCCAAUUAAUAAAUGACUGUAACACAAUUUUAGAUCCUUAUUGUAAAAUACAUGAAUAAACACUAAUUUGUAAACUUA